GGUGUCAGGUGCCAGGGGCCCUAUAAACCCACAACAAUAAGUGCACUCACACCAUGUACAAGUGACUCGUACUCACCUAGUUGUACUCAUCUAGUUGUACUCGCCUAGUUGUGGCUGCAGGGGUUGAUUCAUAGCUCCUGGCCCCGCUUCUUCACUAGACACUGCCUGUACUGCAAGAGGAGAACUUUAAGAAUGGUGCACAUUAAAAGGAAAACAGCAAUACAAAGACUGCAUUAAGUAAAAAAAUCCACACAUUAAAAGAGGAAAGAUGGAAGAUUGUAAAAUACUGGAUCUGCCAAGUACCUCUCAAGAUCCAGAGUCUAAUCUUGAGCAAGUGGAAAAAGAACUGAAAAUUGUCGUGAGGGAAUUACAAAUUCUACAAGGUCGUAAGCAGUCACUAGAGGCAAGGCGGGAAAAAUUAAGAGAUGCUAUUCAACAACGGAAGUCUGCUCACCUUGCUCAAAGAGACUGGGAUAAAAAUGAUUUUCCAUGGUCAAAAGAGUUGGAGAAUAUACAGAAAACUGUCUUUAAAAUCCCUUCAUUACGUGCACACCAGCUUCCUACUAUGAAUGCUGUAUUGUCUGGCAUAGAUUCCAUUCUCGUGAUGCCUACAGGAGGAGGAAAGAGUUUAUGCUUCCAGCUCCCAGCUCUCCUGUCUGAAGGUAUCACUUUAGUUGUCUCUCCAUUGGUGUCAUUGAUGGAGGAUCAGUUGAUGGGUCUCAAAGCUCGAGGAAUUGAGGCAAAAAUGCUCUGUGCUGCAUCCACAAAACAAGAAGUCAAUGGAGUCCACUCUGAUAUGACUAAUCCCAAAAGUGGGUUAAAAUUGCUGUACGUAACACCGGAGAAACUUGCAAAAUCAAAGAGAUUCAUGGCUACGCUUCAGAAGAUGCAUCAGUUGGGUCGAUUUUCUCACUUAGCUAUUGACGAAGUUCAUUGUUGCUCACAGUGGGGUCAUGAUUUUAGACCUGAUUACAAGUUUCUUGGAAUUAUGCGUAAGAUGUUCCCAGGAACACCAAUCUUGGGACUUACUGCUACAGCAACUUCAAGAGUCAUUCAAGAUGUUCAAAAAAUUCUGGACAUCAAAGGCUGUUUAGUUCUUAAAGCAUCUUUUAAUCGACCAAAUUUAUUUUAUGAGGUACGACCCAAGCCUUCCGUCCAGGAAGAAUGCAUUACACAGCUGCAUCAGUUGCUUGAAGGAGAGUUUAAAGGACAGUCUGGUAUUAUCUACACCAUGACCAUCAAGGAUGCUGAGGAGCUGGUGCCAGUACUCAGGUCUCGUCAAAUAAGUGUUGCUCCGUACCAUGCCCAGAUGGAAGCACAAGUGAGGAGUAAAGUCCAUAAAAAAUGGGUGGCAAAUGAGUAUCAGGCUGUUGUUGCAACUAUUGCAUUUGGCAUGGGAAUUGACAAACCUGAUGUCCGAUUUGUAAUUCAUCAUUGUAUUUCCAAGUCAAUGGAAAACUUUUACCAGGAAAGUGGAAGAGCAGGGAGAGAUGGCAAGCCUGCAAAAUGUAUUGUUUUCUGGAGGUUUGCAGAUUUAAAUCGACAGAGCACAAUGGUGUUCACAGAACAGACUGGACUAGAGAAUCUCUAUGGGUUGAUUAGCUAUUGUAUAGACAGUCAUAGGUGUCGGAGAAAUAUCAUUGCUGAGCACUUCGAUGAAAGAUGGGAGAGCGCAGAUUGCCGUGGAAUGUGUGAUCACUGCAGAACUCCGAGAGAAACAAAGAAUUUGGACACCACAAAAUAUGGUGAAAAUGUGCUGUUGAUACUUACAAAGGCUGCUAGCAUGAAUGAGAGACUAACUGGUCAAAAGCUUAUUGAUCUUUUCCUGGGCAAGGGUCCUACAAAGCUGCGCAUAAAAGAAGCAACGCAACAAGGAUUACCAAGAGAGAGGGCCGAAAACAUUGUGGCUUUCCUUCUCAUUGAUGGUUUUCUUAAAGAAGACUUUCAUUUCACUCCAUACAAUACAAUCAGCUACAUUGUACCAGGUCCAAAGGCAGAAGCUGGAGUACCACCAAGCUCAUUAAUUGUUGGAGGCAUAAAGAAAUUAUCAAAUACUUCUGGCAGCCUUUUUUCUCCCUCAGAAAAAACUAUCAAUACUCAACUAAAACUAUGUGCCUCAAACAGUGAAGAAAAGGUAAGACACAUGAAGAAAGUUGACAUUAAAUCAAAGAAAAAUAAACCUUUGAAAAAUGACAGUAAGGACACCAAUAGCUGUGACACACCUAGCAACAGUAAUAGUUAUAACAGCAAGAGGAAUGUUAGCAAAAUUACUAAUGGCCUCAGUAGCAAAGAUCAGAAUCUAAUGUCAAAGUUUUCUCAAAAACAGGAACACGUGAUUGAUUGUGUUAGUCAGUUGAAGGAUAGUUCCAAAAGUAUUGUGAAAACUGCUCCAUCAGAGAAGACACCUCAAUUCGUUGAUAUCUCUUCUGAUGAGGAAUAUAAUUUUGAUGAUAGUGUCCAGCCAAGCUCAUCUAAAAGGAGGAGAAUCAUCACUAUAGAUAAUUCUAGUGAUGAUUCAGACAACUGAAGUACAAAUGUGAAUCCAUUAAUAGUGAAAAUUAUUUUGAUAAUUUUUUCUAUACUUAGCUACAAAGACUGAACACUUAUCGCCAGUGCUGACUCGACUAGUUAAGGGCCAUUCAGUGCUACAUGGCCAAGGCAAGAGAGAUGAAGGGGUGUUGUAUCACCAACCAUUUGCAUCCAGUGAGAAAGGAUAUAAUAAAAGGUAAGGGAAGUUACUUGUAUACAUUGUAGACACAAUAUCAAAGAAGUGUCGCUAAAAGAAAAAAAAAAGUUAAAUACAAAAUAUUUCAUUUAGAUUUACCAUUUAUGUUGCUAAUGCAAGUGAAGAAAUUAUUCAUGGUCGAUUUUGUCUGGAGCAAUCAACUGGCGUCAGGCAGAUAAAUAUUGUAAUGUUGGUGGAAUUGUCAACAUUGUAUCAAGUAAAAGGACAUGUGCAACUGUGAUAAUUGCAACAAUGUUUUUCUUUCCAGAAGCUUUGUCAAGCUUGACAAAGCGUCUUUUGCCACAAAA